AUGGGACAGGAACAGGAUCGUCGAAAGCGGACGCUGGCUGAAGAAUGUCGCCGCAUUAACCCAUCAGAACCAACUGGCGAUCACAUACAUUUACUCGUCAACGACAAACAUAAACUCCUCUUUAAUUUCAUCCCCAAGGUGUCUUGCACGACUUGGAAGACAAUCUUGAGUACACUUAACAAUGAGACUGGAGACUUAAAACAGUUAUACAACAAUGUGACUGGAAAUGUAAAGCCGGUACUGUUUAAUUACAAACAAGAUGACGCCCGGUUGAAGAGCUACCGUAAGGUGCUGUUUAUACGAGAACCCAUGAGCAGGUUACUUUCUGCGUACUUGAGUAAACUUCGCCCUAGGUCUCGUACGCAACGGAUCUGGGAGCGGAGUUAUGGCAGCGACAUUUCCAGGCGUUACAGAGGCGUUAAAAACCAGAAGCUCAAAGAAGGACAAUGGUUGGAUAUAACAUUCGUUGAAUUUAUCAAAUACAUCACUGAUCUGGGUAGUGGGUUUAUAAUCAAUCCUAUGACUGAUCACUGGCUGCCACAGUAUAAACUAUCACGGCCUUGUCAUGUCAAAUACGAUUUCAUCGGCCAUUUUGAAAAUCUUGCAGUUGAAGGUCCGUUCGUACUGCGAUGGCUAGGUGUCGACAACAUCGUCCACUUUCCAGAAUACCAUAGUUCAAACGCAAAACAACAGUUUUUGAAAUAUUACAAAUCGAUAUCGCCGGAUUUGAUGAGGAAACUGAUAGAUUAUUACCAUGUGGACUAUAGAUUAUUUGGAUAUUCACCCGAUGACGUCAUGAGCCAGGUUCUACAAGGUGUUUGAUGUACCGUACACCAUUAUCCUAUGAAUCUAUGGAGCACAACUAUUACUAGUCUUGAUUGAAGACGUUCAUUCUGUUAACGAUACCGAUAUCGCAACGCACACGAAUUACUGGGAAAGAGAGCCUGCCCCAGUCCUUCCUAUAGUCAGCUCCUAAACAGUCGACGUAGCGCCCUCUACCGGUUACCAAUACAAAUUGGGGUCGCCAAUCAAGACUUGCAAUGACUAGACUUGUCCCCUGUCUUCAUCCGCAAGGAUAAAGACAGGUACUUGCUUUUCAGGUACUUUCCACUUUUCUUUGUUGAGUUGAGGUUUCAAACAAAUUCAUUUUUGGUUCAUCCAAUGCAUAGGUUCAUCCCUCUUAAGGUGUUUUCUUUGUCUUUUUAUUACUAUUGUUUAUUACUGUAUUUCAAUCUCUGGGUCUGCCUUUGAUCAGUGAUUUAUAAUUAAUAAAGUUAUUUUCAAAUUGUUGUCUUCAAGAAGCCUUCAACUUUGAGUAACUUUUUCCAAAACGGGACUUGCCUGCCAGAUUUCAUGAGGUACUCCUCUUAUUCUAAAUAAUUUAAUAACCAACUUAAAAGUCUAAAUUAAUCAAAUCUCAGUUACGCUUUACUAAAUUUGUGCUACUUUUUUAACUGUUGUGUAUUUUUAAAACCAUAUUGCUAUUUUUGCUAGUAUUUUUAUCCUGUAUUUUAAUGUU